UUCAAAAUGGCUGUCUGGAGGUCGGUUGAUUUUGACGAGAUCGUUGAGGUGUCUGAUGAGGGGUGGAGCCUGGGCGAGGAGGAAUCAGCCUGCAGCUCUCUCUGCCUGGUUGAAGAGUCGCAGGAGAAAAUGGAGUCUAGCAAGAUGGCGCCUCCCAAGAACGCUCCUAGAGAUGCCUUGGUGAUGGCACAGAUCCUGAAGGAUAUGGGAAUCACAGAGUAUGAACCAAGGGUUAUAAAUCAAAUGUUGGAAUUUGCUUUCCGAUAUGUGACCACAAUUCUGGAUGAUGCAAAAAUUUAUUCAAGUCAUGCUAAGAAACCUACUGUUGAUGCAGAUGAUGUGAGAUUGGCAAUCCAGUGUCGGGCUGACCAGUCUUUUACCUCUCCUCCUCCAAGAGAUUUUUUACUAGAUAUUGCAAGGCAGAAAAAUCAAACUCCUUUGCCACUGAUUAAACCAUAUGCAGGACCUAGACUGCCACCUGAUAGAUACUGCUUAACAGCUCCAAACUAUAGGCUGAAGUCCUUAAUUAAAAAGGGACCUAACCAAGGAAGACUAGUUCCUAGAUUAAGUGUUGGUGCUGUCAGUAGCAGACCUACUACUCCCACUGUAGCACCCCCACAAGCAGUAUCUGUCCCAAAUAAAGUUCCAGCUGCAGUGUCAGUGACAAGCCAAAGAUUUGCAGUGCAGAUUCCACCUUCUCAGUCCACACCUGCCAAACCAGCUCCUGCGACAACUGCAGUCCAAAAUGUUCUGAUUAAUCCUUCAAUGAUUGGCUCCAAAAAUAUUCUCAUUACCACCAACAUGGUUUCCUCACAGAACACAGGCAGUGACUCAAACCCACUGAAGAGGAAACAUGAUGACGACGACGAUGAUGAUGAUGAUACUAUGUAAGGAAAGAAGUCUGUUCUAUACACAUUAAAAUCUUAGUACGUUUGAACCCAUAUGGUGGACUGAACAGCCUAGGUCUUCAUUUAAGUUUUAUCUUAGAAAUGUAGUGGCAAUAUUUUUCACAUUAGUUACACCUGGUAGGUUUCAUUAUUAGUACAAAUGUUUUCUCAAUAGGCUUCAGAUAUAUAAGUACUUGUCUCUAGACUGCUUAAUUACUGUUGAAUAUCACCAUGGCAAUUCUAUUUUUAGAAGCAGUUUUGUGCCAUGUCACUGACAGCAGCACUUGGAUUUCAGUUUCUGGUCUCAUUUACAUCUAAAGAUGACUUCUUUGUUAGAUUAACUAUUCCCAUUGUCAUUUUUGACCAAAUCUCUCAAUUUAGUGAACUUUUUGAAACAGUGGAUUUAGAAGGGAGCUAAAUCCAUUUUGAAUGUAUCUGGGUUUUGGUCUUUUCUAACUCCCCACCUCAGCUGCUUAUCAAGAUCCCAUUUGUUUUCUGUCCCCACCUCUCAUCGCCUUAAGUCACUUACCAUUGCACUUAAAUUUAAGACGAACUGGAAUCUGUAAAAUGCCACAUAUGCCUAGCAUUCUGUAGUUCACUUGAACCUGAGUGUCUGCAUUUGCUUUUUCACUCCAGUUGGGUCUCGGCCCUUGCCUUUCAUGCCUGUUAAGCUUUACUCAUUGGCAGGCAGAUGUAUAUCAGUUAUAUUCAGUUGCAUUGUAAGUUCAUAGCUUCACCAUCUUUCCUAUUUAUAAUUUAACAAAAACAUUAUAACAUAAAACCUGCCUUGGUAAGCAGUUUACACUGGACAUAGACAAACCACUGAAGAGCAAGUGUAUAUGCUUUGGUUACUACUGCUUGAAUCAGUCUUAUUGGUUUCAUUCAGAUCAUCUGUCUAGCUUGCUGCUGAGGGUGUCACACAUUAAGAUGGAAUCAACCCUAAGUGGAUUCUAAUGAUUGUCCUUCCCCAUCAGACCAACAGGGAAAACAGAUUAGUGUCACCUGACUGCAUUUACACAUGCCCUACAGAAAUUUCCCAACCAUGUUUCUAAAUACUAUAUUUUGUUUUCAUGCAUACCUACCUAUAAGACUCACUGAGAAAGACUGCAAAACUUUCAAGAAAAUAAAAAAAAAACUGAUUUGGUAACUUUAAAGUUCCAUAUAGCCAACACUGGAAAAAUGUUCUAAGCAGAACUUCCUAAAACCUUCCCAUUAUUUAGAUUUAUAGCCAUGGGUCAUCAAAAGUAUCAGUAUUAGGAUGGUGUUUCACACAUGAAAAGUAGUACUGUAACAAGACAGAAAUGUCCAUUUAAAUGUGUAAGAAUGUUAGGGAAAGUUGAACUGAUCAAUUUAAGAGAAAUGUGCAUUAUACAACAGGGAUGUCACUACUUGAAUGUUCUCAGGGAGGCAGAAUAUCAGGUGGCCUAGGUUCUAGUACUAGUUUCAUUACCAACCGUGUGACCUUACUUUACCUCUGAGCCUUGUCCUCACUAAUAGGGAAACACCUACCCUGCCUACCUCACAGGGAUGUUGUGAGGGUUUAGCUGGUAUGUGUGAGAGAAAGUUCAAGAUUGUAAAAGCUAUAAGUAAAUAUUAACGUAUUUGUUCCAAGAUUAUUAAUAAAAAAUUAACUU